UUUAAAAAUGUUGAAAUUAAGGUAGUCAAUGUUAAUGGGGAGUAGUGUUUUGACCUGUUUUGUCCUUUUCUCCUCCAUUGAGGAAGUCUUGAUUCUUGAAAAAAUGUGUUUGCGGUAUCUUCCAAAAAUAUCUUCGUCUCCGUACCCAAACCCAGAAUCAUCCCUGACAACCAAUUCCGAUCAUCGGAUGAAAUUUCCGGCGACCGGAAUUACGAAUCUCCCCUUAACUGUUGACAAUUUAUAAGGAAAUACAAUGGAUUCGACCGAGCACGAUGAGGAGAACAGUGAAGAGCCGGAGACUCCUAAUUACCGAUUGUUGCGCAGCUGCUUGGGGCUUGUAUUGUUUGUAUUGGGCUUCUUUCUGCUGUCGAUUGUCGUGCUUUAUUUCGCGGUUUACAUUGAGAGUUUAUCGAUUUGGAACCCUAUUUCUCUGCCCUCGCGCUGCAAAAUAGUUUCGAGCAGUGUGGAUCUUAGGUCAUCUAAAGUCUGUGAACUGGGACUGUUGAAUUACAAAGCUAAAAAUGUACUUUACCCAUAUGAAAGAAAGAAGUUCCGGUGCCGCUAUGAUUACUACUGGGCAUCUGUAUUUAAGGUUGAAUAUACAGAUCAUUCAGGUCAGUCACGGCUAGCUUUGGCAGAAGCUCCAAACGAAGCACUUCCCUCUGACUGUCGGCCCAAUUUCAUUGCUGCUUGGUUGACAAAAGAUAGAUUCAAGGUGAAUGAAACUUACAAGUGCUGGUAUUCAUUGGGAAUAUCUAAGAUUAACAUAUAUGAAGAUGGCUUUUUCGAUUGCCAAGCUAAAGAUCCAUCUACUGUCGAGAUGUCUGUUCGCUAUUUGAUCCUGUUCAUGAGCGUAUCAAAAUCUGCACUUGCCAGUGCAAAUUUAUUACAGUCCUGGGGAUGGGGUGUGGUUGCUGGACUCAUCACCGGGUUCUGUUCUUCCUUUUUGCUCAUAUUCUUGGUUGGCCUUUUACGGAAAUUCUGGUCAUAUCAUCUCCAACUCUCCAUGACAAGAUGGCUCGCUCUGCAUUGCACUGCAGUCCGUUUAAAAAGAGUUUGUUUCUUUGUAGCAUAUGUGUCGUUUUCAAGCUGGUUGGCCAUUCAAUACUUGCAAAGAAUCGGCCUCCCUGAGGUUAGAGUUCAGUAUAGUAGGUAGCGGUCGUUUUCACAGAAGUGUGACUUGCAAGCACUCGACAUUCCUAUGUAAGAGUCUAAAAUCCUUGUGCCAUUAGAAAUGGAUUUUUUCAUAUUCCAUCAUUUGUAGUCCUUGAACAGGGUUUUGAGCCUCGAGUUUAUGGUUCUGGAACAUAGCAGCAGUCGUACCCUAUAGUUUUUGUUAGAGGGUUUUAGUGUAUUGUAUGAACAUACCAUAAUGUUUUCACUAUAUUAGUAAUACAAAAUGUAUGAUUCUUAUAA